AUGGAGCGCCUUCGUAGAGAUGGUGGUUGCGCCAAAUUGCUUCUCGGGUUUGUGUUGAUGAGUGCGCCUUUCUUCAUCUACGGUUUUCUUCUUGUUCAACCAGCUGACGCCAUGGAGUGCGAGGAUCUGAAGCGCGCCGGGAUCAUCCCCGACGUCCUUCCCGCCGAGGCCUGCGAGGCUCUUCGUAUUCAGGUCUCGAUCCAGUUCGGUUCCCGGACACCGACCAAAGGUUCCGCCGUGCCCCUCCGCGAAGCGGAGCACUGCCCUUCCAUUCGGCUUUCUCAGGGACCUGCUCCCGGGCAGCAUGCUUUCGUAUUCUUGACCGACCCUGAUGCACCGAGUCGCGGCAAUCCAGUCGCAGGCGAAUGGGCGCACUGGGUGGCAUCGACAGAGAUGUUGCAGAUCGACUCGGGGUCCAAGACUUACCUUGAGUAUGCCCCGCCUAGUCCGCCGAAAGGGAGCGGCCCGCAUCGCUACGUAGCACUCGUCUACGUUGGCUCGAAGGCGAUGCUAACUGGAAUUCCGUCGACUUCCCAUCGAAGGCAGUGGGGAGGCCUGAAACAUGCGCAUGCAGCCGCGACUGAAAAUGGGCUGGAGCUUGUCGGCGUCGAGUGGUUCACCGCGGAGCUCAAGUAG